AUGUUUUACUCACACCAGCUUCUCGCUCGAAAAGCUCCACUCGGCCAAAUCUGGAUGGCUGCGACUAUGCAUGCGAAGAUUAACAGAAAGAAACUGAGUAAGCUGAAUAUCAUCAAGAUCUGUGAAGAGAUUCUUAAUCCAGCGAUUCCAAUGGCUCUGAGACUUUCUGGAAUUCUCAUGGGUGGAGUUGUGAUUGUCUAUGAAAGAAAAGUGAAGAUGCUUUAUGAUGAUGUUUCGCGUCUUCUGGUUGAAAUUAAUGAAGCCUGGAAAGUAAAGAGUGGCCCUGAUCCUACAUUGCUUCCUAAAGGGAAAUCUCAAGCCAAGAGAUCGGCAAUUACUAUGCCAGAUAUAGAGCAGAUGACUAUUGAAAUGGAACAGUCCCAUCAGUCCAAUGCAACGUGGUUCCAGCAUAGUAACUACGUUUCUAUGACACUUGAUGAUGUGCAGGAACCCGACCUUGGUAAUCGAGAUUCAGGGGAUGAUCACCAUCAAGCUGCUCUGGAGGAUAUUAACUUACCUGAACCUUUCCAAUAUAAUACGGAUCCACCCAAUCAAAAUGAGAGGUUUUUGGCUUUAACCAUCCUUCUUUUGUAUAAUUGUGUUCUUCUUUCUAGCAGUAUUUGUUAG